UUCGCGGAAUUUUGUUCAUGUAGAAACAACCGAAACAAAACAACGUCGUGUGCAUAUAGGCGGGAGCAACACGAGGCAUGUCUCCAUAUAAGGAGCUCCAGUCUCCCUCCCUCUCUCUCCUCCUUCUCCGUUCCUUUUCUUCGAGAAGAAAGGGAAAAGACGUCGCUGAGAUUAAAACACCGACUUUGUAAGAGUCGAAAAAAACAUUCUUAUUAAUCUCUGAUUAGGGUUUACCAGCGUCUGCAAUGGACACGAUGAAUUUCUCCGAUGGCAACAUCUACGAUUUGCUUGAGAGUAGAACCAUCGACUUCCACUAUGAUGUUAAUCAGAAGCUGCAAAUGCACUCAUCAUUGAUACAAAGGCUUUCCUUAGAAAAGGAGCUAGAGGGACAUCAGGGUUGUGUGAAUGCUGUGGCAUGGAAUUCAAAAGGCUCACUUUUGAUAUCUGGAUCAGAUGAUACACAGCUUAACAUUUGGAGCUACUCAAGCCAGAAGCUUUUGCACAGUAUUGAUACUGGGCAUACUGCCAAUAUAUUUUGUACAAAAUUUGUUCCAGAGACUUCUGAUGAGCUUGUUGUUUCUGGUGCUGGAGAUUCAGAAGUUCGCUUGUUCCAUUUAUCUCAUUUAAGUGGGAGAACACUUGAAGAAAAUUCUAUUGCACCUUCAGCAGUGUUUCAUUGUCAUAAUAGGAGAGUUAAGAAGUUAGCUGUGGAAGUUGGAAAUCCUAAUGUAGUAAUGAGUGCAAGUGAAGAUGGGACAUUGAGGCAACAUGACUUCCGGGAGAGUGCUUCAUGUCCACCAGCUGGCUCUUCUCACCAAGAAUGUCACAAUAUUCUACUUGACUUGCGGUGUGGAGCAAAGAAGUCACUAGCUGAUCCUCCUAAACAGUGUCUUGCUUUAAAAUCUUGUGACAUUAGUUCUACUCGGCCACAUUUGCUUCUUGUUGGUGGCAGUGAUGCCUUUGCUCGUUUAUAUGAUAGAAGGAUGCUUUCACCAUUGAGUUCCUCACAGAAAAAGAUGAAGCCACCUCCCUGUGUCAAUUAUUUCUGUCCAAUGCAUCUUUCUGAACGUGGAAGAUCAAGCUUGCACCUGACUCAUGUUACUUUUAGUCCAAAUGAUGAAGAAGUUCUUCUUAGCUAUAGUGGAGAGCAUGUUUACUUGAUGGACGUGAAUCUUGGUGGUGAGAGUGUUAUCAAAUAUACUGUUGGAGACAUUUUAAAGCAGGGGUCCUUGGUUCCUGUAUUUGGUGGACAUGAGAUGCCACCAGUGACAUCAAAAGUCCUUCCAGAUGGCUUUUCCAGAAAAAGCAUGGUUUCUGCAAGGAUUAAUAAAUGCAAGGAAUUGGUUCAAGCUGCUGAAAAAUACUUGAAGGAGGGGACAGAUUAUUUAGAUGGAAUUGAAGCAUGCAAUGAAGUACUUGAUGGAAAAGGUCCUGAAAUUGGGAUUGCACUAAAGCAUCAAGCCUUGUGUACCCGUGCAGCUUUAUUUCUUAAGCGGAAGUGGAAAAAUGAUGCCCAUAUGGCCAUAAGAGACUGCAAUAAAGCUCAUUAUAUUGAUCCUUCAUCAUUCAGUGCACAUUACUACAUGUCUGAAGCUCUAUCACAGUUAGGGAAACACAAAGAAGCACUAGAGUAUGCACUUGAUGCACAAUCUUUGGAUCCUUCAAAUUCUGAGGUGGCAGAAAGGGUGAAAAGUAUAAAAGAGCAGCUUGAUGCAGUUGAAGCUGAAAGAAGCAAAAAUGAAACUGAUUGCCCACCCAAGCCUGAAGCUCGAUCUGGAAGAAUACGAUCUUUGAGUGAUAUACUCUACCGAUCAGAGGUAAACAGUGAUGCAUCACAGGAUGGUCCGAGAUCUGAAAGAGAAGAUUCUGACUAUGAUGAAGAAAUGGAGCUGGACUUUGAAACAUCAAUAUCUGGUGAUGAAGGGCGUGAUGCUGAGUCAAACAUUCUGCGUGGAAGUCUGAACUUAAGAAUUCAUCGAAGGGGUGAUUCAUCUAGAGAGAAUGGUUCUGCAAAUGGCUUAUAUGGAUCUCCUACUUCAUCUUCACAGAAUGAUAAUACAGCUUAUCAGCCUGAAGCAGUAACUGAUAUGAAGCAACGAUAUGUUGGCCAUUGUAAUGUAGGGACUGACAUAAAACAGGCUAGUUUUCUUGGCCAAAGAGGUGAAUAUGUUGCCAGUGGAAGUGAUGAUGGGAGAUGGUUCAUUUGGCACAAGAGAACUGGAAGACUGAUAAAAAUGCUUCUUGGUGAUGAAACUGUUGUCAACUGCAUACAGUGCCAUCCAUUUGAUUGCAGUGUUGCAACCAGUGGGAUUGAUCACACAAUUAAAAUAUGGACACCAAGGGCCAUAAUGCCAUCCAUGGUAGCUGGAGGUGUCAUGGGGCCAGACACUGCAGAUGUGCUGACUGUCAUGGAAAACAAUCAACAGAAGCUGCGUCGCAACCGUGAAGCUCUGCUGCCCUUUGAACUUCUUGAACGGUUUAGGAUGCAUGAGUUUGCUGAAGGAACAUUUCAUCCAUUUGAGUGUGCCCAGAGCUAAACCUUAUUUGACAGGCUUUGCCUUACGAACUCAAGCUAUGGAUCAAUUGGCUGUUGGGAGUUGAGGUAGGACAGGACUGGUCAAUCUGUUCAAAAAGCGGUGGAAAUUCAGCCUGCAUUCUAACCACUCGGGAUGGUGGCUGUGGUUAUAUAUAUAAUUGAUGGUAGAAUGCUGUUUAUAAAUAGUCUCAAAGCUUUUGUAUAGUUGAGGUUGGGGCUCUUAGUCUCCUUGUCAAGCAUAUAAAUAACAUGUUGAAUCAGUAAAAUCAUUAUCAUUUUUCUCAUAAGGUGCCUAUAAACUAGCAAAACUUGUUCAGUCGUGUUUAUUUUGGGGCUGCAAAUAGUGUUUUUUGUCUGAAUUUAAAUACUUAUCUGGAUCCACUUGAAUGCAUAUCUGAAUUUACGUUUA